CCGCGAUGCCGCCCAUCCCUUCAGAGCUAAAGAUGGGGAAAAAAAUAAAUGAGGGCAAAACAAAAGAGGUUUAUGAAUUGCCAAGUCUCCCAGGAUGUGUUCUAAUGCAAUCAAAAGACCAAAUAACAGCUGGGAAUGCAGCAAGAAAAGAUCUCAUGGAAGGGAAGGCUGCUAUCUCGAAUGCGACAACAAGCAGCGUGUUCCAGUUGCUUCAGGAGUCUGGGAUCAAAACUGCUUUUGUGAGAAAGCACAGCAAUACAGCAUUCAUAGCUGCUCACUGUGACAUGAUUCCAAUUGAAUGGGUUUGCAGAAGAAUUGCGACAGGUUCUUUCCUGAAGAGAAAUCCUGGUGUCAAGGAAGGCUACCGAUUUUACCCACCUAAAAUUGAGAUGUUUUAUAAGGAUGAUGCAGCAAAUGACCCACAGUGGUCUGAGGAGCAACUCAUUGAAGCUAAGUUCCAGUUUGCUGGCCUCAAGAUUGGACAAACCGAAGUCGAUAUCAUGGCCCACUCAACCCAAGCUAUUUUUGAAAUACUAGAAAAAGCCUGGCAGCCUCAGAAUUGCACUCUGGUAGACAUGAAGGUUGAGUUUGGUGUUAAUGUAACUACAAAAGAAAUUGUCCUUGCUGACGUCAUUGAUAACGAUUCUUGGAGAUUGUGGCCAUCUGGAGACAGAAAGCAGCAGAAAGACAAACAGUCUUACCGUGAUCUCAAAGAAGUGACCCCUGAAGCAUUGCUGAUGGUGAAGAGAAACUUUGAAUGGGUGGCAGAAAGAGUUGAGCUGUUGCUGAAACCACAGACCCAAGGCAGAGUGGCUGUGCUCAUGGGAUCACCGUCAGAUCUUGGUCACUGUGAAAAAAUAAAAAAGGCGUGUGGAAACUAUGGCAUUCCUUGUGAAUUAAGGGUGACGUCUGCCCAUAAAGGGCCAGAUGAGACACUGAGAAUCAAGGCUGAAUAUGAAGGUGAUGGUAUUCCUACAGUAUUUGUAGCAGUGGCUGGUAGAAGCAAUGGACUGGGGCCUGUGAUGUCUGGCAACACCGCCUAUCCAGUUGUCAACUGCCCUCCACUCUCGGCGGAGUGGGGUGCUCAGGAUGUAUGGUCAUCUCUAAGGCUUCCCAGUGGUCUUGGCUGUUCUACUGUUCUUUCCCCUGAAGGUGCCGCACAAUUUGCUGCACAGAUUUUGGGGUUGACUAACCACUUCGUAUGGGCCAAGCUGCGAGCAAGUAUGUUGAAUGUGUGGAUCUCCCUAAAGCAGGCUGACAAAAAGAUGAGAGAAUGUACCUCCUAGACAGCUUCUUUUAAUACAAUCCCUGUAUUGGCCACCUGGCACUUAUAUGCCAUUGUAUUCAAAUU